AUGGUAAAAGAAGUAAAGGUUCAAACAGGGAGAAAAUUUAACAAAACCCAACUUCGGAAUAAGUUUAACCAAUUGAGGAAAAUUUAUAUCAAGUUUAAGAAAUUGUUAUCGGAGACUGGUGUAGGAUAUAACCAUGAGACGGGUAUGGUUAUAGUUGAGGAUGAGAGAUGGGACAGAUUGAGCAAGGUUAUUACGGGUGCAAAUAAGUUUCACAGACAUGGAUAUAAGCAUUUUGGCAAGAUGUCGACUAUAUUUGGGGACACAUAUACAACAGGGAUGCAUACCCACCCUUCCACUACAGCACCCCCCGUAAUCAUUUUGCCCACUCCCAAUGAUGACGAUGAUGAGGAAGAGGGUUGUCACGUCAGUCCCCCACCUUUACGUACAGAUAAGAAAGCCAAAAGAGAUGGUUUAUCUCCCGGUAUGGCUACAUUCUUGUCAAACAUGGAUGAGAAUUUUGCGAGGAGAAUUGAGAGAAUGGAAACUGCAAUAGAGAAAACAGUUAAAACAUCUUCUAUUUCUACUCGUGUAUCUUCUUGUGAGAAAGGAUAUGAUGAAGUUCUCUCUCCCUUUAAAAAGGAUGGAGAUGAUGAAAUGUUUGAUGCCUACAUGUUCCUUUUACAAAAAUACCUGGAAUUGAGAUGA